AUGUGGUUCAUCCAAAAAGCUGUGUUCAGGUUUGGUGGGCUUGCCUUCGGGUUCCAGAAUCCUAACGUCCCACAAGACUAUGGCGUGGGAAAAUACAAAUUCUUGCGCAAGCUCGCAGUGAGACAUGUGACCAAGGUGUUGUUUGACAAUCGUGCUUUCCAUGCUCAACCGAUCUACCUCAAUCUUUGGCAUAACACUCUUCUGCGAGCUGCGGUGCGACGUAGUGGGCUGGAUGUUAAUCCAGGAGCGUACGCGAUACGGCUGAAGAAUCACCCUCUACCAGCGGAGAAGAUUAUGUUCAGUCUAGGGCGAAUGUAA